UUGUAUUCAUAGUAGCUCUGCGCGAGAAGCUGUUGCUUUGUGUUUAGCAUACAAAAUAUUUACUUACAUUUAAUUUGUCAGUUUAUUAAAAUAUUAUUAUAUAGUACUAAAAUUAUUGUUAGCUGUGUAUUAUUUCCUUUGUGAACAUCACGUAAUUUUCUAUUCACUUUUUGAUAACCUCAUAAUGACUGAUAAAGUAGUAAAAAGAGCACCUAAGAAAAAGGCAGCAAAUGCAUAUAAAUUGCCAGAUCCAAUAUCUGCCGGUGAAAUAUUAACAGAUUUGGCAAAACAACAGUGGAUCCUUGGAACGUCGAUCGGUGUCGGAGGAUUUGGUGAAAUUUAUUCUGCUGCACCUUAUAAUGGAAAAACUCCAAAGGAAUAUAUUAAUGUAAUUAAAAUUGAACCACAUGGAAAUGGACCAUUAUUUGUAGAAAUGCAUUUUUAUAUGAGAAAUGCCAAGUCAAGUGAAAUUGAUAGCUGGAAAAACAAAAAGAAAUUGACAUCACUUGGUAUGCCUCGAUACAUUGGUUCUGGUAGUCAUGAAUAUAAGAAAGUAAAAUACCGAUUUGUAGUAAUGGAUCGGUAUGGCACAGAUUUAUGGAAGCUAUUUGAAGCAAAUAAUAGAAGAUUUCCAGAACACACAGUAUACAAAGUAGCUUUACAAACAAUAAAUGUAUUAGAAUAUAUUCAUUAUAAAACAUACGUGCAUGCUGAUAUAAAAGGAUCGAAUUUACUAUUAGAUCUAAAAUCUCAAAAUCAAGUUUAUCUAGUAGAUUUUGGAUUGGCUUCUCAUUAUACCACUAAAAAUGAAUAUAAACUAGACCCAAAGAAGGCACAUAAUGGAACCAUUGAAUAUACUAGUAGAGAUGCUCAUAUGGGAGUGCCAACGAUGCGUGGUGAUUUCGAAAUUUUGGGUUAUAAUAUGAUUCAAUGGUUGUGUAGUUCACUUUUAUGGGAAAAAAACUUAUCAGAUCCAGUUACUGUACAAAAGAAAAAGGAAGAAGCAUUUGAUAAUAUUCCAGAAUUUUUAAAUAAGUCUUUUCAUGGGUCAGUUCCAAAUACCAUACUUAAAUAUAUGACUUUACUAGCAAGUAUAAAGUUUAAUGAAACACCGGACUAUGAAAAAUUUAAAAAGAUACUAAUAGAAGGAUUGAAACAAUUAUCGCAUAAACCAGAUGGAAAGUUGGAAUUUAAAAGUGAUGUUAAUUCUCACAAGGAAAUAAUUCCAAAAUCUAGCUCACAAAAAGUAAAAAAGACAACUGAAAAGAGUAGGAAAAGUCCUCGCAUAAAAUCUAUAAAAAAUUUAACUCCUGUAAGUAGUCUUGAUGAUAGUACUGUAGGAGUUGUAAUAGACAAAAAACGCGGUGGUGUAAACGAUAUUAAACUAGCAUUAAAUGAAAUUGAAUCUGAUGAAGAAUAUGAUAUAAAAAUAGUCAAAAAAUCACGAAAGGUUACCAGUUCUGUAAAUAAAUAUGACGAGAAGAGUCCAACUAGAAAGAGUCCAAUUAGAACUAAGAAAAGAAUUAAUAAAAAUCGCAUCAGUGAAUCAGAUUCUGAACCAGAGAUUGUAUCAAAAGGUACUAAAUCGCGGCCCAUCAAUAUUCGAAAUACAGCGCUUAAAAGUACAAAAAUUCAAUCGAAAAAUGUAAUAAUCCAUGAAAGUACCUCUGAUGAAGAUAUGUUUAAUACAUAAUUAACAUAAGUGUGAAAUAAAUAUGUGCAUUUCAAAUGCGUUUAUACGUAUAGAAAUCUGGUUUAGAUAAAUGUACAUUACUGUAUUUAUAGCAAAAUUUGUAAAACUUGAUACGUUGAUUAUGCAAAAGGAGUAUUUGCAAGUGCAUUUUAUAAUUUAUAUAAGGUAUUGUAUCAAUUUGUAUUACUCAAAGAAAUCAAUAUAUAUUAUUUUGAUAUAACCGAAUGAUAAAGAAUUGUACAAAAUGUGUAAAAUGUACUGAUAGUAUUAAUCUGGCAUACUUAUGUAAGAAUAAAAAAUACGACGAUGUUCAGAUUUUUAACAAACGAAGUAUUAGUUAAAAAAUUUUAUUGCGU